UAUCACGUUCGGCGGUAGAGCAACUGAGAAGUGACAAGAUGAAAUACUUGGCUCUUCUUUUGCUUUUGACGGCACUGGCUUAUGUUACAAGUGAUGAUCUUGAAGGAGAUUUUGAAGAAGAGGAGCAACCAAUGGAGGAACAUUGGGGGACUGAGAAUGAAGAAGUCUCUGAUGAAUAUAUUGGUGAUUCAGCAGUUUCUACUAUAGCUGCUUUAGUUCCAUUGUCAGGUCAUAGUAGCGACAUUGGUAGAAUCGUCCUGUCAAGUUUCAGGAAAUCUUACAUUGAUUUACGACGCUCUUGUAAAGGAUCCUGUAGGGUACCUCGAGUUAAGAUCCGUAAUACUCGUUCAAACCCUAGACUAGCCGUGAAGAUUUUUAGGCAGCUGUACAGACGUGGAAUAAGAGUAUUUAUUGGUCUAGUUACCAGUCCUGAGGCUGAAGCUGUAGCAAGGUAUGCUUCAAAGCGUGCAAGGAGAGCAGUAUUAUUCAGUCCUACUAGCACUGCUACUAGUCUCUGUAAGUACAAGCAACUGUACAGACUUUCCAUGGAUGAUCGUGGCUAUGCUGAAGUACUCUUUGACUUGGCAUUUGAUGCUAAGAUGAAGAAUGCAAAAGAGUUUCCGAUACAGAUGGUAUUACGUAGUGAUUCUCAUGGAAGAGAACUCUUUAAUGUUGUACGAAAGAGGUUUCAGGACGAGGAUGGCUUCAAAGUUCUUAACCCCAUCUACUAUAAUGGUAACGCACUAGCUAGGCCACAUCUCAAUCAGUUAGUGAAUCGGCUCAAUGGCUCACUAGCAGAUCAGGAGCGAUCAAUGAUUAUAUUUUCUGGAUCUGGUGAGGUUGAGGGAAUCAUUCAAACAGCUGCUAAGAAUCCUAAUCUACUCCGUCACCUUUGGCUCUUGUCAGAUUCUCUCACACUCUCAAAGAUUGAAAUACCGCGAAACGUUGACGUAUUUGGACUUAGCUUUGCAGGGCACUAUGACAGUGACGUUAACACAAAAAAAGAAGAGAAUGGAUUGCGUCGUUACCUCUGUCGCAAAAGACUGCCAUUAACAAAGCAUGCUUUGCUAGCUUAUGACACAAUGGUACUAGCUCACAACUACUUACGGAAGAGAUGUCUCACUUUAUUUCAAAAUUAUAAAACACUCACUGGAGAUAUAAAGUUUAGCAGCUGCAACGAGAGGCUUUCUGGAUCGUACGCUUUUGCUAUAGCACCAAUGGCAAAGAAAAUAGACAACCUUUUGAUCAAAGUGAUCAUGAACAAGUGGAUCAUUCGCUCAUAUUACAACAUCAAACAAAAUGAACGGGUGAUGCUAGAGUCACACUACAAGGAGUUGAGUGAGGAGGAGAAGACUGAAGCUGAUCUUCAAAGCAGCAGAAAGAAAAGUGUGACAGCAACUGAUCCACCAGUUAUUGAAAUAAAGAAGAAGGAGCUGCUAAAAGGACUGGUAGAGAUUGGUGAUACUCAGUGCACUCAGUCUGCUCAACUAGCCAUUACUUCAAUAGAAGAACUUGACAGCACCUGCUCUAAAACUAAACUCACUUACAAGGUAACAGAAAUGCCUGAAGUUAUAAUAGUCUCGGAUCAACUUGGCUUCAUCAUGGAGGCUACUUGUACUUCUGCUAAUCGCACAUACACACUCACCCGAUUGUGUCCUUCUUCUAAAUCUCCUGGCACUGAGCUAGUCUGCACUGAGAGGGUUUCCUCUAGAGCUAUUGAUGGGAAGGUCGAAGAGGAAAAUGCAUGCACUGGUACUAAAGUUGGUACUGUGGUGUGUUACACUGGAGCUACUGGGUGUUGGGUGAGUACCUUCUUUACGUUUGGUCUUUCUGCUCCAGCUUGUUCCGCUGCUACUGCUGGCUGCGGUGCACUGAGCGCUGGUAGCUAUCUUGCUUGUAAUAAACCAAAGAAAAAGAAGAAAGGAAAGUUUGUGUGUACUGAGUUGUUUCGUCAAGGCUACCUCUCUUCUGAUAUCAUGCUAGCUGAUAUGAGCUUUGCUGAGCAUUACAGCAAAGACUACCCUAUCACACGUAAAGGGUAUGAUAUUAUAGGACCAGCCCUAGCAACCAUCAUGAGUUCUUCCAAAGGUAUGACUGAUGCCGUGAGAUCUUUUGCUGUUCCUUGGGCGGAGCAGAUGGCGUACGAGGAAGGAUACCUUGAGACUGGGAAUGAACGUGGGGUAUUGGUGAUGAAUAUUGGGUCAAUCAUUUGUGCUGCCGUGGGAGGAUUGUAUAUAUACUCUUACUACAUACUGGGAGGGAUUUUGAUGCUAGUUUCAGCUGCAUUGGCAAGGAGGAUUAAUUUCAAGCCAUUGGUUCCUCUGCCAAAGAAGAACAACUGAUUGUGAACAAUAACUUCAAUGAGUAGUUAUAGUUAGGCACUUUUUAGUAUUGUUAUUGUGCAUUAGACAGUAGUUAGUGUUAGUUGAAUAAAAAAUAUUACUGCAAGAGUUUGCCAGGAUUAU